GGGGAAGCUGAGAGGAGGGAAUGGAAUGGAGUGGAACGGAGAGGCCGGCAGACAGGCGGGGGAGGGGAAGGGCAGGCGGUCGCCUCGCGGGGCCCAAGCUGGGAAGGGAGGGUUGGGGUAAGAGCGCGAAGGAAAGGGCGGGAGCGCGCGCUCGCCUUGCGGGUCUGGCGCGAGGUGCGGCGGUUAUGGUCCCGGGGCGGGUGACGUUGGCGCGACGCAGGGCGGGGGGGGGUAUUGGGGGAAGGUAGAACGGCGAGCGCGGGGCCGCCACGCUGGAGGACCUGGAGCAGAAGACCACGAGGGGACCUGGAGAUUGGAUUCAUCUCGCGGGAGGGGGAGGGAAUGAGACCACGUGGUUGGAAUAGAAGUCUCUCAAAAUGGCAGAUGACCUGGACUUCGAGACAGGGGAUGCAGGGGCAUCAGCAACCUUUCCCAUGCAGUGCUCUGCCUUGCGCAAGAAUGGCUUUGUGGUGCUCAAAGGCCGGCCCUGUAAGAUAGUUGAGAUGUCCACCUCCAAGACUGGAAAGCAUGGCCAUGCCAAGGUUCAUCUGGUUGGUAUCGAUAUCUUUACUGGGAAGAAAUAUGAAGAUAUCUGCCCUUCAACCCACAACAUGGAUGUGCCCAAUAUCAAGAGAAAUGAUUUCCAGCUGAUUGGGAUUCAGGAUGGCUACCUUUCACUGCUCCAGGACAGUGGGGAGGUGAGGGAGGACCUGCGUUUACCUGAAGGUGACCUUGGCAAGGAGAUUGAGCAGAAGUAUGAUUGUGGAGAAGAGAUUCUGAUAACGGUGCUGUCAGCCAUGACAGAGGAAGCAGCUGUUGCAAUCAAGGCCAUGGCAAAGUAACUGGCCCCCAGGGUGGUGGUGGCUGCAGGAGCAGCAGCGAUCGGCGCCUGAAGAGGCCUUCCCUCUCCUCCCCAGCCUGGUUUGGCUUUGGCCUUACCCUGGCUGGCCGCCUACUCUUAUUUCUUUGAUGUUUUAUUUUGGUUUUUUUUCCUCAGUCCGGGGAGCUCCCACCCCACCCCACCCCUUUAGUCCAGCUCUGUCUCCCCCAACCCCUUGGACAAGAUGGGGGCAGAGCCUUGGUAAAACUGCCCCCUUCUCUACCCCACCUCACACUACAGCCCUGGUGGGGGAGAAGGGAUGGGGGGCUCCUUGAGAUUUAGUUUUUUCUUUUUUAUUAUUCAAUCUGGAAGCAGAAAGCUGUGGAUUCUGGAUUCUGGCAAAAAUCCUGUCCCCUUGACCUACCUAUCUGUCUGGCCCCCUGGUUCCCUAUACCUCACCUAGCACCACUCCCUCCUCCAACAGGGGACCAGACCCCUCCCCCCCAUCUGCCUGUGUCUUUACCCAAAUCUCUUUAGUGGGAGAAGGGACAGGAGUGGGGAGGGGGCUCUACUCCCCUCCUCAGGCAUCCAGGAGGGCCCCUAGCACCCAUGGGCCCCACCCCUCCUUGCGGUUUUCUCCCUGACACAUUUGUUAAAAUCAAACCUGAAUAAAACUACAAGUUUAAUAUGA